AUGCUUCGGAGUGCUAAGCAAUGCUCCGGGGUUGAGGAACUCAGUGGGGUAGGGGAAGAACAAUUGCAUUGUUUCCCAAGAGCGGGGCUCCAGCCGGUAGUCGUAACCCCUCCAGCACCUCACUUCCUCUCUUCCCACCUCCCCCUAGAUCUCUCCCUCCCUCGCUCUCCAAACAAACAUUCCGGAAAACUAAAGUUUUAUCAACCUCCCCCCCCAUCCCUACAUAGAACAAAUCUUCAAGUCCUUACCUACUCGUCCGUAAUGUCUCGUUCAGGAAUCGGCCUUGCGAAGGACGUUGUCGAAAACUUUGAGGAACUCAAGCUCGGAAAGAAGCUUGCCUACAUUCUCUACAACUUCAGCCCUGAUAACAAAGUUAUCGCAGUGGAGAAAAAAGUUGAAAAGGACGCCCAAAAAACCCCCAAGGAACAAUACGAGGAAUUUAUCGAUGCACUACCCGCAACCCAGUGCAGAUAUGCAAUUUACGAUUUCACCUAUGACCUUCCUAAUGGUGAAGGAACAAGGAACAAGAUUGUUUUUUUCGCUUGGUCCCCUGAUGAUGCUCCGGUGAGGAACAAAAUGCUUUGUGCAUCCUCUAAGGACUCUUUGCGCCGUUCGCUCACCGGCGUUGCGGCCGAGAUUCAGGGAACAGACUACAGCGAAAUUACGUUUGAUGUGGUGUUGCAAAGAUUCGCCGGAAAACAAACUACUUAGGUCCAAGGCUCUUGCGACUCGGUACCUCGUUUCCUUGUUAUCGCAGCUAUAACUUCAGGCGCGUUUUUGUCUUCCUUAUCACGGUUCCUAUAACCCAAAAGCGGUAAUAUCAAGUUCCAUGAUGAAUGUGCUGUUUGCUUUUCUCAACUUUUGUGUGUGUGGUGGUGGUGCAUGUGAUAUUCACACUUGUGUUUUGCUGUAUCGAGGCGAUAGAAUCUGACAGGAGAAUGUGGGGUGUUUGUAUCCACAAGGGGGAGGAUUGCUGUAUCGAAAACAAUUUGGGUUUACUUCUUUCAAA